GUCAGCUGAUCGAGGACCUGCCUGACUUCCGGGGUUCCUUUCAGGUCUGAAGCGCCGAUCCUCGGACCCCGUGACUUCUCUGAAAACCCUUAACUGCACAGAGUGACUUGAGGCCGCCAGCCUUGGAUAGCCAUCCGCCAGAGAUGGAAGGAAGAAAAAUAGGAAGAAUGUUUCUCACCCUUGUUUUUACUCUUCUUUCAAUCAAUUCAGCAGAUGGACCAGGUGGAUGGAAUUCAUCAGGCUGUGAAGUAAACAAAACCGAUGUCAAUUAUACAAGCUGUCAGUGUAAUCGUCUUACUCACUUUGGAGUCUUAAUGGAUUUGUCUAGGUCUGUGGUGGAUAAGGUUCACGAACACAUCUUAAUGAUCGUAGCAUAUUCUGGAUGUGGAAUCUCUUCUCUUUUUGUGGGAAUUACAAUAGUGACUCACCUAGUUUUUCACCUCUCCGACAUUUGUCAUUUUUCCUUUUUUGUCACCUUUUCCAGACUGAUGGAUAUGAGCCAACUUCGUCAAGAUAAUUCAUCCAAAAUCCUAAUCAAUCUGUGUGUUGUAUUGCUGAUGUUGAAUCUGUCAUUUCUAACCUGUACCUGGUCUGCAACCUUUGACAACUCUGGCCUCUGUAUCGCCAUGGCUAUGCUACUUCAUUAUUUUCUGCUCUCAUCCUUCACUUGGAUGGGUCUGGAAGCUAUCCACCUGUACUUUCUUGUGGUCAAAGUCUUCAACAUUAAUGUGAAAAAUUAUGUAUUUAAAUUUUGCUUGAUUGGCUGGGGGGUUCCAGCAACCAUCGUGGGAAUCAUCUCUAUUGUGAAGAAGGAUUUAUAUGGCAUUUUGAAGUCAUCUUCAUCAUUCUGCUGGAUUGAAGAUGAUCUUACCUUUUACAUCUCUACUGUGGCCUAUUUUUGCCUCAUAUUUCUCAUAAAUCUAGCCAUAUUCUUCACUGUCCUUUAUCAAGUCAGUUUCAUGAAAUCCCAGAAGCACAGAGUGUUGAGAAGCAUAGUCCUGCAUGACCUCAAGAGUGUUGCGAGCCUCAUCUUCCUGUUUGGUCUCACCUGGAGCCUGGCCUUUUUUGCUUGGGGCCCUGUGAGGACCUAUUUUUUUUAUUUCUUUUCCUUUCUCAAUGUGGCACAAGGAUUCUUUGUCUUUGUGUUUCACUGCCUAUUGAAGAAGAAUGUGAGAAAACAUUGGCAAGACUGUUUGUGUUGUAGAAGGCUGCAACGGAAUAACAAAUCUGGUGGGCCCAGAAGAUCUGGACUAAAAUGUAAGGGCAAACAUCACCAAACACAAGAGAACUGUGAGGAUUUAUUGGUAAUACAGUCCCAAGAGGUAACCAUGCCACGCAAUCAGCCUCUGUCCACUUUCAGGGGCUCUCAACACAGGAAUGAUAUCUUCACAAAAGUCCAAAGUGAUGGCUGUGAUAAAACUGCUUCAUCACCAAAGUACUGUGGUAGAAGACGACAUAACUCGACAUCAGAAACACAUGGCUUUGAAUCCUGCCUCGGGAUUUACUAGCUGUUAUGACCCUGGACCAGUCACUGGGACCACCAUCAUCUUUGUUGUCGAUUUUGUCUCUAAAAUGAGUAAUAAUAUCAUUUUUUCUCAGGGGCAUUGUAACAUCAAAAGAGAUGUUCAUGAAAUAUUUUGUAAACCUAAAGGCACCAUAGAAAUAGUAUUGUUAUUUUCCCAUUAAAGAGCAUA